AUGCAGGUCGUGCCGCGGUGGAGCCGUGAAUCUGCUCUGAACGUGGACCCGGCAAUCAUGCGAGGGAUCCCACUGAAAGAGACUCUUCGAUGUGGAGGGCGCUUGUGGCGAUGGUGCCCAGCUGAUCUUCCCCAGAAAGGAAAGGCGUCAUUGUGGCAGCGUUCAAGGCCAACGACGCGAUUCGACAUUUUCCUGUCCCACACGUGGGCAACGUCAGGACGAUGGAAGUUCCUGUCCUUGUCCCUGCAGUUUGGCUGGCGACACGUCCUCCUGACGUGGAUCAUCGUUGUCUUCGUCGUAGAGGCUCUCACGCUUCUGGGUGUCUUGCCAAUGUAUUUUGUGUAUGAGACAUCCAUCAACGGUGAAAGGCUGCGGUGCCCCUUCGGUGGCUGGGCCCUCUACAUUGGCGUCACGAUGUCCAUGUUCGCUCUGGUCCUUGCGCCCUAUGGCCCCGGCUUUUGCAAGCAUCAGCUUUGCUUCCUGGAUGUGGUGAGCAUCAACCAACUGGACGAAGAGAUGAUGCAGCAGGGGAUCUACGGGCUUGGAGGCUUUCUGAGCGCAUCGAAAGAGCUGAGGAUCCUCUGGAGCCAACCCUACCUCUCGAGGCUUUGGUGCGUCUUCGAAUUGGCAGCCUUUCGAACGGCCAACCCCACGGGGAGAAUCAAUAUGGCGCCCCUACAUGUCGAAGCGCUGGUUGCUGCAACCUGGGUGGGCUGUUACAUGCUGAUGUUGCCUCUGGUUCCCUCCUUGUCGGCAAGAGGUCGGGGCAUCCUCGCAUUCCUUCCAGCCGUGAUACCGGUCGCAGUGAUCUUCCACAUCUUCUGUAAGAGCCUGGCAUUGAAGCGACGGCUGUUCUCCGAGAUGGAGUUCUUUGACCUUGGGACCGUCCAGUGCCGGAAUGACUACGACAAGGAGUUCAUCCACAGCGCCAUCGUGGAGUGGUAUGGCAGCCUGGAGGCCUUCACGGAGUACGUUCGUGGCCCGCUGCGCAGGGAGCUGGUGGCGACCUGUGGCACCGCGUUGCCAAUCAAGUACACACUGAUUGUCGUCACGCCCUUGGUGAGCCUGGGCAUAGAUGUGCUGGUGGCUCUCUGCAAGGGAGGCGCACCUCCCCGCGCGAUACUUUGCUAUGGGUUCGGUAUGGUGCUGGGGCUCUUCACCUUCUACGCCAUGGCCAUGUUGAGAUUCGGAGCGUUCCUGUGUGAACACUUCGCGCGCCCGUUGAAGGGCAACUUGCAGAGCCUGCUGCAAUCCUUGGGGCUCUUCGUGAUCUUCGUGUUGGCGAUCUUCGGUGGCUUGUCAGAUCCUAUGGUUAUGGCUCGUGGCUUGAGUUUGAGUUUGGGCCAAAGGCCUGCAGCCAGUGCAAGCAGGCAAUCUCUCCCGAGAGCUGCCAUGUUCAAUGUUGAGACGUGGCACCUUUCGGCAGAUCGGGGUUCAGAAGGACUAAUCCGGGUAGGACCCACACGGACACGCGCAAGGCUUGACAUGAUCCCAAGACUUCCCAAGCCGCCUGAGAGCUUCGGGGUCGCUGGGGCCUGGGAUAUCCUUGCAUGCUUCAAUCCAGCGGCUCUACGUAGUGACAGAGAGUGUUGCUGUUUGGUCAUCCGAACCUGCCUGCGAAGACACGUAUGCACAUUCUGCAUUGAGUAA